GGCGGGAUGGAAGCGGCCGGGGCUGAGGGGGAUGCGGUGGAGGAGCUGCGGGAGCGGCUGGCGGCGGGCGGGCAGGACCAUGUGCUGCGCUUCUGGCCCGAGCUGGACGGCGCGGCCCGCCGGGCGCUGGCGGGCGAGCUGUGUCACAUGGACGUGGCCGAGAUCAACCGCUUCUUCCGCCGCGCCCGCGGGGACGGCGGCGGGGCGGCGGCGGCAGGGCUGGACGCGCGCAUGGAGCCGGUGCCGCGGGACGUGCUGGGCAGCGCUUCCCGCGACCGCGGGCAGGUGCCGAGCUGGGAGAGCCGCGGGCUGGCGGAGAUCGCGGGGAGCCGUGUGGCCGCGCUGCUGCUGGCCGGCGGGCAGGGCACCCGCCUCGGCGUCCCCUACCCCAAGGGCAUGUGCGACGUGGGGCUGCCGUCCCGCAAGACCCUCUUCCACCUCCAGGCCCAGCGCCUGCGGCGGCUGCAGCAGAUGGCGGAGGAGCAGCACGGCACUCCCUGCCACAUCCCCUGGUACAUUAUGACAAGUGGCCGCACUAUGGAGUCCACCAAGGAGUUCUUCCACAAACAUCGGUAUUUUGGCUUGAAGAAGGAGAAUAUCAUCUUCUUCCAGCAGGGCAUGCUGCCUGCCCUGGGAUUCGAUGGGAAAAUCCUGCUGGAGGAGAAGGGCAAGAUUGCUAUGGCACCAGAUGGCAACGGGGGCCUGUACCGGGCCCUGGGCUUACACAGCAUCAUGGAUGACAUGGAGCGGAGAGGGGUGAACAGUGUCCAUGUCUAUUGUGUGGACAACAUCCUGGUGAAGGUGGCUGACCCCAGGUUCAUCGGGUUCUGCUUGGAGAAGGGAGCAGACUGUGGGGCCAAGGUGGUGGAGAAGACCAACCCCACGGAGCCGGUGGGCGUGGUGUGCCGGGUGGACGGUGUGUACCAGGUGGUGGAGUACAGCGAGAUCUCCCUGGCCACUGCCCAGCAGCGGGGCCCGGAUGGGCGGCUGCUCUUCAAUGCAGGCAACAUCGCCAAUCACUACUUCACCACUGCCUUCCUGAAAGAUGUGGUCAACACUUAUGAACCACAACUGCAGCACCAUGUGGCUGAGAAGAAGAUCCCACAUGUGGACAUCACUACAGGGCAGCUAAUCCAACCCGAGAAGCCGAAUGGGAUUAAGAUGGAGAAGUUCGUCUUCGACAUCUUCCAGUUUUCCAAGAAGUUUGUGGUGUACGAAGUGCUGCGUGAAGAUGAGUUCUCCCCCCUGAAGAACGCAGACAGCCAGAAUGGCAAGGACAACCCCACCACAGCCCGACAUGCCUUGAUGUCCCUGCACCACUGCUGGGUUCUCAAUGCAGGGGGUCACUUUGUGGAUGAAAAUGGCACACGCAUCCCUGCCAUCCCUCGCUUGAAGGACGCAAGUGACCUGCCAAUCCAGUGUGAAAUUUCUCCCCUUGUCUCCUACGGAGGAGAAGGUCUGGAGAAGUACGUGAAGGACCGGGAGUUUCGCACACCUCUGAUCAUUGACGAGGAUGGGAUCCACGAGCUGGUGAAGAACGGGAUGUAGUGGCAGCACAGUGCCCAGGCAGGGCUGCCCAUCCUGCCAGGAACUGGGGCACGUGAAGGUUGAUAGCUGGGCCUAGCAGGGACUGCUCCUGCUUGCUCCAGCCAUGUGCAGAGGAGGAUUUGACCCACUCGGUUGUUGGCAUGUUGUAUGCUUCUAUUUAUAUUUUAAUUUAAAAAACAAACACUACAGAUUCCCCUGCCACAAAGCACAGCUGUGGUGCUGCCCUUUGCACUCCAGGCUGUGAGCAUUUAUUUUUAAACAUGUGUAUAGCAAUAGUCAUUGUAUAUGCAGAGAGAGGAUUUUUAUGCUGUGGGGCUGGGUUUAAUCUAGAAUUUUUAUUUUUCUUAAAUCUACAUGACUAUUUUUUUUAAUAGGGUCCUUGCCAUUGCCCAUGUCCUCCCUUUCAGUCAUCCUUUGUAUAUUCCACCACUGGAAGCACCCAAUUAAACUCUGAAUUUGUCUUCUGG